AUGGCGUCAUGGUCGCCCGUGUGCAAAAUCACAGGGGCUGCGAAGCGGAAUCUGACGAAUGACUGGACUGUCUUUUGGUGUGCGUGCUCGGAUUCCGACUCUGAAGUUGGCUGGGGCUUUUUGAAGCGAGCCGGGUUCUCCCAGGUCCCCCUGUUGGUCAAGCUGCUUGCUUAUGGCCGUCCGCCAACCAGGACUGCCUGUUGGGCAAGGAAACACGAGAAAGAGCCCAGGCAGCACUGUGGCUACAGGAGAGCCAACACCGAAGUGACGCACCAGGGCAGCAAGGGUUCCCUUCGCAGGGCAGAAGAUGAAUCCACAAAUGAGAUGGAGAGAUUUCGAUUUGAGUUUCGCCAUCCCAGACGAAUGGCAUUCUCAAGCAAUCCAGGAAGAUGCCGUGGGCCCCGAGAGAUCGACACCGGUCGAUUAAGCAUGGAAGAUUCGACGCAGAAGACCCCUGUCAUGGGCCUUUUUACACGCGAGACCGCGAACAGCGAAGCCGACCGACAGAUUUCCGGAUGGUCGUCUCUCGACACCACAUUCCGGUGA